UUCAUUUCCAAAACACUCCCCUUCUCUCCCCCUAUCGUCCCCCUUGACCUCUAUAUAUAUGUCUACUCCGUAAUCCAUAUCCCAUCUCAAAUUGCCAACACAUCAUCUCAAUUAAUUAUUUGAACGGUCGGAACCCUAAAGUUUUUCUUUGGCUUCUGGAAUCUCUCUGUCAAAUUCUCACCAGAAAAUUUCCCAAAUCUCGCAGGAAAAGGAACAUGUCCUUUGCUGUAAAUAGGAUUACGAUUUGCGCAGCUGUAUCCGAGGCAUCACCGCCGGCGGUGGAGACUAGGACAAAGCCCGGAAAUCUCUAUCAGGUGCUAAGAGUGAAGCAGAACGCGUCUCAAGUAGAGAUCAAGACGGCGUACAGGACACUAGCCAAGAUUUAUCACCCGGACGUCGCCGCCGUCGCUGCUAAGCACCCGGAGGAGUCCUUGGACGGAUGCGAUUUCAUUGAAAUUCACAAGGCUUAUUCGACGCUGUCUGAUCCGGAUUCGAGGACAGUUUAUGACUUGACCUUGACUAUUGGGAGCCAACCACAACCGCUGGGGGUUAAUUACUCGGCGCCGGGUGGGUUUCGGAGGCAUGCCGGGUUUUAUACGACCCGGAGGUGGGAAACGGAUCAAUGCUGGUAAAGCUUCAAAAUUAUUUUUUGGCGUUUCGAGAGCUUAGACGUGGGGGGACCCACAUUUUCGCCGGCAAUGGACCCACGGAUGCAUAUUACAACCGGGAUGCAUAUAUCGUAUAUGUGAAAGGGCGACUGGCCAGUCCGGGAUCGGGGGUUUUGCUUUUAGCCGGCAACGUCGUGCCGUGUAAAUUCUAUCCUCGUGCUUCAUUUAUCCUAGAUAUACUUUUUCUUUUCUUUUGUAAUACCCUCCACCAUUUUUAACGAGGGAUUAUGUGAAAAUGAUUAAAUCAGUAAAUACUAGAUUCUCUUUGUCCUCUUUUC